AUGAUCCGAUGUUUUGCAUUAUAUAAAGAAACCUUAGGCACCACCUUCCCCACGCCAGAAGAACGUAAUGAUGCCCUAAACAAAACCCAUAAACGAGCUGCUGAAAUCACAUUGAAGGCAUUAGAAAAGAAUGGAGGGAUCUAUAUUAAAUUAGGACAACAUAUUACUGCCUUGACGUAUUUGUUGCCGCCUGAAUGGACGGACACGAUGAUUCCAUUGCAGGAUCAAUGUCCGAGAAGUAGUUUGGAAGAGAUAGAUAAGAUGUUUAGGGCGGAUUUGGGGAUAGGGAUGGAUGAUUUAUUUGAGGAGUUUGAAUUGGAACCGGUUGGAGUUGCUAGUUUGGCUCAGGUGCAUAUUGCGAGAUUGAAAGAUCUGGGGGAAAAAGUUGCCGUGAAGGUUCAACAUCCUAGUUUGAAAGAAUUUGUUCCUAUUGAUGUGAAGUUAACUAAAAUGGUGUUUGAUUUGAUGUAUUUGGUCUUUCCGGAAUAUCCUUUGACUUGGCUAGGUGAUGAAAUGCAGAAUUCUAUAUUUGUAGAACUUGAUUUCACGAAGGAGGGGGAGAAUGCGAGAAAGACACGGGAAUACUUUAAGGAUUUUAAACGGGAGACAGCAUUGAGGAUCCCAAGGGUGGUUUAUUCCCAACCGAGGAUAUUGAUUAUGGAAUAUGUUGCCGGAGCGAGGUUGGAUAAUUUGGAAUAUAUGAGACAACAUGGUAUUGAUACUUCUGAAGUCUCAUCUUGUCUUUCCCAUAUCUUUAACAAUAUGAUCUUUACUCCUGGAGUGGCAUUACAUUGUGACCCCCAUGGUGGGAACUUGGCAAUCAGACAUAUCGAAAACAGUACUGGAAAUGGAGGACAUAAUUUCGAGAUUGUCUUGUAUGAUCAUGGAUUAUAUCGUGAUAUCCCCCUUCAGAUGAAACGAGACUAUAGUCAUUUCUGGUUGGCUGUUAUAGAUAAUGAUAUACCCAAGAUGAAAGAAUAUGCAUAUAAAUUUGCUGGAAUUGAAGGAGAACAAAAGUUCAGGAUCUUUAUGAGUGCAAUUACUGGUAGAGCCCCUGAUAAUGCUUUGAAUUAUGAUAUUAGAACUAGAAGAAGUGAACGAGAGAUUUUGGAUAUUCAAUUUCAAAUUAAUUCCGAUAGUAAAAUAAUUGAAGAUUUAAUGUAUAUUUUAAGUUCAAUGCCUAGAAUGGUUUUAUUGAUUUUAAAAACGAAUGAUUUGACGAGGAAUUUGGAUGAGAAUUUACAGAGUCAUUUAGGUCCAGAAAGGACAUUUAUGAUUAUGGCCAAUUAUUGUGCUAGAUGUGUUUAUGAGGAAGAUCAAGAAUUGAUUAAGGAGAAGUAUCAGCCUACAGGGUUUUCAAUUAUGAAAUCAGUUGAAUUGGUGAAAGUAUGGUGGCAAUAUCAAAGAAGAAUAAGUAUGUUAUACAUAUAUGAUUUCGUAUUGGCAAUACGUAAUGCCAGAAAACGUAUACUUAGAUUAUAA